GGAGACCGCACGUACCCAUGAUUGUUCAAGCCCCGGCGCUCUUGGGACGCACUCUGGGCGAGGGCGCCGCUAGCGGCUCGCUGCCCGCGAUGCGGCGGCGGCGGCAACGGCGGCGAGGGGCGCAAUGAGCGGCACCGGUGGCGACGUGAGGCUCUUCAGCGUCGAGGGGCGCGAGUUCCGCGUAGACUGGGCGGACGUGGCCCGCUUCCCGCGCUCGGUGCUCGCGUCGCAGGCCUUCGCGGAGACGGGCCGGGAGCCCCAGCCGGCGCAGCUCCCGGGCCGCAGCGCGCAGUUCUUCGGGCUGGUGGCGGAGCUGCUGGCCGCGGGCGCCCAGCACGGCCCGGACAGCCCGGGCUCGGCCGCGGCCGGCCGCGAGCCGUUCCGGGUCCCGGCGGAGUGGUGCGACGGCGGGGAAGAGGGAGGCGCUGUUCUGGAGGGAGGCCGAGUUCUACGGCAUCUUCGAGCUCGAGGCGGGCAUGGCGUCCCUCGUCCUCGAGAGGCUGCUGCGGGCGUACCUCCGCCGGGGCCCCGAGGGGCGGCGGGCCUUCGGGGCCUGGCCCUCGAGGGACCGGCACCAGCUGUGGGCCUCCCUCUGGGUUGCCCUGCGCCUGCAGAGCGGCAGGUGGUAUUCCCGAGAGGAGGUCGACGGCGUCAUCAGAGAGCACCUCGUGAGCCCGGAGGCGCCGCUGGUGGACGCGGUGCGCAUGGAGCUGCUCCGCCGCGGCCUCGUGGCGCGCCGCGGGGAGGACGACGGGCCUCUCCGCCUGCAGGAGGAGACUGUGCGCUGGAUCCUCGAUGGGGACAAAUGUUCCGGGCGCGCCGGCCCGAGGCGGCCUCCGCCUGCGACUUGCCGUGGUGGUCGUGCCCCCUGGCGACGCAGCACCUGCUGCUCGCUGCGGGGCCGCCGCGGGGCGCGCCCGGCGCGCCCGCGCCGCUGUCCGCGGCGGACGUGGCGGCGCUCGGGCAGGCGUCGGACGAGGGUGCGGCGUUCACCGGAUACAGGUGCGUGUUCAUGGAGCCGCUGCCUGAGGGAGCUGCCGACGGCGUGCACCCCGACGAGCUGCGCGCCGCUGCGGUGAGCUUCGUCGCGGCGGGCCCCGCCGGCAGGCCAUCGGCGCAGCACGGCCAGCGCAGGGCGGUGCUCGCGGAGGGGCCGUGGCGCUUCGCGGCCGUCGAGGAGCUGUUCGAGGCUCCCUUCGCUUGCGCAGAGGUCUCCGUGUCCAUCGCGACUGCAGCGGGCUCCUGCGGUGACCAGGCCCCGCGCCUCCCGCCGCUCCGAGUGGACGUCUCUGCAACGGGGGAGGGCGCCUGGCGCACGGCGUGGUGCCAGGCGAUGCCGCCGCGGGACGACGUGCUCAGCCAGGGGAGGAGCUUCGCCAGGUGCUUCCUGCCCCACGCGGUGCCAGAGCUGCGGCCGCCGCCGCUGCCCGCCGCCUGGGCGCCGCGGGGCGCCGCGAAGCCUGGGCCCCGAGGGGGGGACCUGCUGCGGGAGCUCGAGGCCGCGGCGGGCGCGCAGCCCGCCGCCGAGCUGCUGGCGGCGCUGGGCAGGGCCCACCUGGAGUGGGCCCUCGGCCCUGCUGCUCUGGCGGACCCCCGGGGCGCCGUGCUCGUGGGCAGCCCGCCGCUGCUGGCGCAGUGGCCCAAAGGGACCUCCAGCAGCACCAGGCCACGCUCUGGCUCACCCUGCACCUCCUGCCCGGCAGGGUGUACCAGGAGGCCGAGGUCGACUGGGUGAUCGCGAGGCACCACGCGCCCGCCAGGCUGCCGGACCUGCCCACGCUCCGCAAGGAGUUCCAGCGCCGGGGCCUCGUGGAGAGGCAGGCGGGCGGCGGCGGCUUCACGGCGUCGCCCUCGGCCGUGCGGAGCGCGCUGGAGGCGCUGCUGGGGCUGCGGCCGGCAUGCGAGCGUGGGCGCGGGGCGCCCGCGCCCGCGUAGGCGGGGCGGGCCUCCCUUCGCGUCUGCGGUCGUUUGUUGUGAGUGCGCCA